AUGGGUCACCCUCAGGGUCUGCGUUCCGGCACCCGGCACAUGUUUGCCAGGUCCUUCCGUGAGCGCGGUAACAUCCGACUUUCCACCUACCUAAAACAAUACCACGUCGGUGACAUCGUUGAUAUCAAGGUCAAUGGUGCUGUUCACAAGGGCAACCUCGACCGAGAACGGGACAACACAUGGAUGGAAAUACUGACUGGCGGGGAUUACAGCAUGCCGCACAAGGUCUACCACGGCAAGACCGGCGUCGUCUACAACGUCAGCAAGUCCGCCGUCGGUGUCAUCAUCUACAAGCAGGUGAAUCACCGGUACAUCGAGAAGCGCAUCAACAUCCGCAUCGAGCACGUUUCGCCUUCCCGCUCUCGUGACGACUUCCUGCGGAGAGUGAAGGAGAACGCCCGUCUCCGCAAGGAGGCCCAGGCCGAGGGCAAGACCGUUCUGCUCAAGCGCCAGCCUGCCGGACCCCGCGAGGCCCACACCAUCUCAUUCAAGGAGCAUGUGCCCGAGACCAUCGCCCCUCUCGCUUACGAGACGACAAUUUAA